ACCCCAUUGCUAGCCAUGGGAGGCGGCUGGUGGUGGGCUCGGGUCGCGCGCCUGGCCCGCCUGCGCUUCCGGGGGUCGCUGCUGCCACCUCAGCGGCCCCGCAGCGGGGGCGCGCGCGGGUCCUUCGCCCCGGGCCACGGCCCACGCGCGGGGGCCUCGCCGCCCCCGGUGUCUGAGCUCGAUCGCGCGGACGCUUGGCUCCUCCGCAAGGCACACGAGACAGCUUUCCUCUCCUGGUUCAGAAAUGGACUUCUGGCAUCAGGGAUUGGGGUCAUCUCCUUCAUGCAGAGUGACAUGGGCCGGGAAGCUGCCUACGGCUUCUUCCUGCUGGGCGGCCUGUGCGUGGUGUGGGGCGGAGCCUCGUAUGCAGUGGGCCUAGCCGCACUGCGGGGACCCAUGCAACUGUCUCUUGCGGGUGCUGCGGCUGGUGUGGGGGCAGUGUUGGCUGCCAGUCUGCUCUGGGCUUGUGCUGUGGGCCUCUACAUGGGCCAGUUGGAACUGGACGUGGAACUGGUACCGGAUGAUGAUGGGGCUGCCUCUACGGAAGGCCCAGAUGAAGCAGGCCGGCCACCACCCGAGUAAACAGCAGGGCUGUGGGGACUGCCUGGGCCCCGAGGACUGAGACAUUAAACCUGACCCUUCAGCAGUUCAA